AUGGCUUCAACUAUUAAGAGUGAACGUGGCAACGAUAUUUUAGUGGAUGAUCUUCAGUACAUGUAUCAUCGAAAUGGAUACAAUAGUGACAAAUCCGUAAUUUACUGGGAGUGUACACAGAGGAAACAAAAAUCGUGUAAAGCUAGAGUACAGACAAAAUCAAAAGAAGAAAACUACGAGUUGAUAAAGACCUGCAACGAACAUAAUCAUGCAGCCUCUAAAAGUACAGUUGAAGCAAAAAGUGCUGUUGCAAAGCUAAAGGAAGAUGUCUCCUCGAAAACUUUAUCUACAAGAUCUUUAGUUUCAAGCUGCUUGUCGCCCUUGGAUGCUUGCACACGAGCUGAAGUACAAAAUGUCCAGCAUCUAAGUAGAAAUAUUCGUCGAUGGAGGCAGCAGAACUUCAAUGCUCCUGCAAUCCCUACGGAAAGGUCUGGAUUUUGCAUUCCAACAGAAUUUCAACAUCUUUCAUCAGGGGAAAAGUUUCUACAGUAUGAUUCGGGAGCUGAUGACCAUAAUCGCAUUCUGAUAUUUGCUGCUGAAGUAGGGUUUGAAUAUAUAAGGAGGUACAGAAACUGGGCUGUUGAUGGCACCUUUAAGGUGUCACCAGCAAUUUUCUAUCAACUUUUUACCAUCCAUGUCCAAGUAGAGAAGUGUAGUUUUCCUCGUAUUUAUGCCCUUCUUCCAAACAAAACAGAGGAAACAUAA